CGGAAGGGCAACGCUUACCUGUUAUGACGUAAGCAACAAUUCUAUAAAUAGAUUUUAGUUCCUACAUACAAGCGCACAAUUUAUCACAAGUAUUUAACACGGUGCCUGUAGCGGGUAGACAGUGUACGUUUGUUGAACAUGUAUCACGGUUGGACAAUGUCGCCUGACUUGACUUAUAUCGCUGCCUUAACUCUGCAUCUACUUACACAGUCAGCUGUACAGACACAAUCUCUGGACAACAGUUGUGAUAAAAACAUACCAUCCAGGGCUAUGCCUGCUGUCCAAUUAUUUGGUAGAGCCUAUGCUGUUUCGGACAUACAGCCGACAGUUUGUGGUGAAGGCGAGUAUCUGGACUGGUUUACUUGUAAACCUUGUGAAGAUGGAACUUUCAUGACGCAGAAAAUGGCAGAGACUAAAAAAUAUGCCUUUUGUCAGAAAUGCUACCAGCCAGGAAUGGUAAGUCAAUUUUAUUUCUAAAUCAAUUUUUCACUAUAACUAGGGGGAAAUAUCACUAUUUGUUGAGUGGACACAGUUUUAGCAGCUAUUAUGUCAUAAGAAAAGUAUUGACUUUGAGCUAUGGCGUGAAGAGGUAGGUGGGAAUGUGUGUGGUCUGCCCCUGGGGACACUUUCAGGGGGUGCCAUUGUCUGUGCACUUCUCAUUCUAUGUCUGGCUUAUAAUUAUAUCUUUUUACUCUGUAUGGGUUGUAACUUUCUUUUUAGGCUUAACUCCCUGUAACUGCUUCACUAUCGUUACCGUUGAGAGGCUGCCGUAUUACAGAAUAACUUAUUUAAACAAACUGGUAUUAGAAAUAUAGUGGAAGUCGCCUGUGCAAGGGGUCGAUGGUUGGAUUGCUAAAUGUUAAUGCUAAAUAAAUAUUAAAUAUUGUUUUCUUAAGACAUGAGACUAACGUAUGAUUAUUUAAGACAUAAAAAUUAUUAAGAUUAUGUUAUAUAAUGGUCGCUAAAUUUAUAUUAUUAUCAAUUUUCUUGUAUUCAGUUCGAGAUUGUUACAGAACCGUGCACCAAGACAAGAGACGCCAAGAUCAUGUGUGAAGACGGAUAUUACAGAUGCGAAGUACCGGGAAAACCCUGUCAGACUGAAUGUAGACGGUGCGAUGUGUGCGGUCUGGGCAUCAACAUGUUCAAGAACUAUGAAGUUCGUGAGUGCAGUGGCGACCAAAACACAAUCUGUUGCCACAGAGAGAAUAUGGUGCUAGUUAAUGGUGAAUGUGUCAUGAAAACAACGGUGGCUACAACGACCACAUAUACCGAAACAACUUCAGGAUUAUCGUCGACAACAACUGAGAGCGGAGUUAGGAGCCAGAAUUCAGCUAUGGGGACUGCAGCAGUUUUGCACAACAAUUCCCAGCUACAUUUGAUUGGAUUAUUAUUUCUCAUUCUUUUUUACCUAUUUAUUGGAAUUUCCUGAUCAUGUGACCUGCACAUCUUUAUCUCGAGAAACCGACAAAUAUAUAUAUUUGUAAUGUUACCCUGCCCCUUACCCACAUGUACAACAACGGUUGCCGGCCGUUUCAUGUCCAGUGGCUCCAUAGGGAUACGCAGAGUAGCAAGAGUUGGUGCGCGAUAAUAACAAAAAAAAGAAAGAAAAAAAAGGCUACAGCAUCUGUUUAAAAAAAACUUUAUAUACAGUAUAUAAAGUGGAAAGAGAAAGCCGCCUAAAAUCAAGUGCAACCCGGGCUGAGGGCCCUCUGCUCUCUCUCUUCCUACGGCCGCUAGGCUGUAACAAACAGAAACAUGUCUCUCUUGCGCAUGUGAUUGAAUAACAUCGUCAUUAAAUUAAAUACAUAACCAUGACAACGUCCUCAACAAGCUGGUAGAGACAUACCCCAUGGAAAUGUUCUCAACAAGCUGGUAGAGAUAUACCCCAUGGAAACGUUCUCAACUAGCUGGUAGAGACAUACCCCAUGACAACGUCCUCAACAAGCUGGUAGAGACAUACCCCAUGACAACGUCCUCAACAAGCUGGUAGAGACAUACCCCAUGACAACGUCCUCACCAAGCUGGUAGAGACAUACUGCAUGUAAACGUUCUCAAUUAGCUGUUAGAGACAUACCCCAUGACAACGUCCUCACCAAGCUGGUAGAGACAUACUGCAUGUAAACGUUCUCAAUUAGCUGUUAGAGACAUAACCCAUGACAACGUCCUCAACAAGCUGAUAGAGACAUACCCCAUGACAACGUCCUCAAUAAGCUGUUAGAGACAUACCCCAUGGAAAUGUUCUCAACUAGCUGGUAGAGACAUACCCCAUGGAAAUGUUCUCAACUAGCUGGUAGAGACAUACCCCAUGGAAAUGUUCUCAACUAGCAGGUAGAGACAUACCCCAUGACAAAGUCCUCACCAAGCUGGUAGAGAUAUACCCCAUGACAACGUCCUCAACAAGCUGUUAGAGACAUACUCCAUGACAACGUCCUCACCAAGCUGGUAGAGACAUACUCCAUGAUAACGUCCUCACCAAGCUGGUAGAGAUAUACCCCAUGACAACGUCCUCAACAAGAUGUUAGAGACAUACUCCAUGACAACGUCCUCACCAAGCUGGUAGAGACAUACUCCAUGACAACGUCCUCAACAAGCUGGUAGAGAUAUACCCCAUGACAACGUCCUCACCAAGUUGUUAGAGACAUACUCCAUGACAACGUCCUCACCAAGCUGUUAGAGACAUACUCCAUGACAACGUCCUCAACAAGCUGUUAGAGACAUACUCCAUGACAACGUCCUCACCAAGCUGGUAGAGACAUACCCCAUGACAACGUCCUCAACUAGCUGUUAGAGACAUACCCCAUGACAACGUCCUCAACAAGCUGGUAGAGACAUACCCCAUGGUAAUGUUCUCAACUAGGUGGUAGAGACAUAACCCAUGGAAAUGUUCUCACCUGAUAACGACACUGGUGGCGUAACCUAGGUAACAUCACUUUCACCACAUUUCAACUGUUUUUAAUAUAAAGGCGGUUGCUUCCAAAUUCUGAAAAGAUCUAACUGGCAUUAGAUUGAUUGAAAACUAUGUAAAUAUGUAAAUAUGUAAAUGUGUAAAUAUAAAUAAACGUAUGUCCUCUAUCAAUAUCGAUAAUAUGUAUUGUUACUACUCAUUACGUAUGGUUAUUUUGAUUGACAAAGAUGCAUAUACAUUUUGUUAUAAACUAUAUACUUUGGCAUCGACAUUGACAUUGUGUUAUAACGAUGAUGUAUUGGUGAGGAAAAGUGAAUUAUGUGUGAAUAGUGGUUGUCGUGGAAAGUAGACGAAGACUUAAUCCAUUAGAUUACAGCUGAUCUAAGAGAUGUAAGGGCAACGUACUGAAGUUUUAAAAUAUUUACGGAUGACCGAAUGAUUGAGUGAGCAAUUAAGUUACAGAUUAAUUGAAUGAAAGAUGCAAUAAGAGUGGCAGACUGAUUUCAGUGAAAUAUGUAGACUGACAGACUAAAUUGUUUUUCAAUUGAUAUUAAAUGGUAUAUAUUAAAUAC